AUGACCUCCAGGACCCCUCUGUGGGUCACAGCCUGUUUGCAUUACUCUGACCACAACUUAAGACAUCUGCAGUGGGGUGUGAGGAAAAGUAAAAGCCUGGUGUUUUCACAUUCCCAGGUAGCAGAAGCUCAGAAGCCUGACAACUCCAGCCACCUGAGCGGGCCCAGGGCUGGCAGCUGCCCAUGUGUCCCUCCAGAUAGGCUGCUCGCUAAAAUGAGGGAUCUUCUUCAGUACGCCGCCUGCUUCUUUGCCUUUUUCUCUACUGGGUUCUUGGUUGUGGCCACCUGGACAGACUGUUGGAUGGUGAAUGCUGACGAUUCCCUGGAGGUGAGCACAAAAUGCCGAGGCCUCUGGUGGGAGUGUGUCACUAAUGCCUUUGAUGGGAUCCGCACCUGUGACGAGUAUGAUUCUAUACUUGCUGAACACCCCUUGAAGCUGGUGGUAACUCGAGCAUUGAUGAUUACUGCAGAUAUUCUAGCUGGCUUUGGAUUUAUCACUCUGCUUCUUGGUCUCAACUGUGUGAAAUUCCUCCCUGAUGAGCCAUACAUCAAAGUCCGCAUCUGCUUUGUUUCCGGAACCAUAUUGCUAAUAGCAGGUGCCCCAGGAAUCAUUGGUUCCGUGUGGUACGCUGUUGAUGUUUAUGUGGAACGUUCUUCUCUGGUUUUGCACAAUAUAUUUCUUGGCAUCCAAUAUAAAUUUGGUUGGUCUUGUUGGCUCGGAAUGGCUGGGUCUCUGGGUUGCUUUUUGGCUGGUGCCGUCCUGACGUGCUGCUUAUACCUCUUCAAAGAUGUUGGACCUGAGAGGCACUAUCCGUAUUCCAUGAGGAAAGCCUAUUCAACAGCAACUGUUUCGAUGGCCAAGUCAUACGUAGCCCCUCGGACAGAGACUGCCAAAAUGUAUGCAGUGGACACGAGGGUAUAG